GUUAAAAGUUAGAAAUGGAAGUUAAAAGGUGAUACCUAAUAAAUGUGGAAGUGAUUAAUAAUGAUUAUCAUAUACAUUGAUAUCAUCCUGCUUGUAAUCUUGUUACUAUUGAUUCUAUUUACUUGUGGAUAUUGCGCAUAUCGAGUGCACAGAAUGAGGCAGAAUGGUCAAGUUGCAAUACUAUUGAAACCCACCAAGGUACUCUUCUCGCAUAAAAAAGAAGGUGAAGCUGAACAACUGAGAACCGUCGUAGCAUACCAAAACCCUCUCACAGGUGACUACUGCGUCCAUAAGAGCCGAUCUCCCAAAGGCUACAUGAACAACAUCGAAAUCCCAGACUCACCGGACAGCGGAGUUUCUGAUGAAUAUGAGCCUUUGAACCUGGUACCUUCAGUCCAGGAAACUAACCCACCUGGAAUACAUCAGAUACAGAAUCCAGUUAAGUCGCCAAUCACACCCAUUUAUGAUAACAGCGUGAUAAAGACGUGGAAAUGGGAGUAUACUGAAUAUCAGAUUUAGAUAUUACAUCGAAAAUAUUAAAAAUAUAAAGUUAAAAAAAAAAUUUAAGAAACUAAAUGCAUUCAAGAAUUCUACUUGAAUUAAAAUCUAUCCUGUAUCUGUAAAUUAAAUAUGAUAUGUAUUUGAUUAAUUAAGUAAAUAAUUAAUCUAUUUAAAUAUAAAAAAGGGUUGGUGUACCUAAUAAUAUUGAAGGAGGAAAGUCAAGUCAGGGAAAUACGCGGGUCGCUUCUUAAUAUAAAAUAUAUUAUUACCUAUUAUAUUUUUUGAUUUUUUAUAUUAUUAUAAUUUUUCUUACACAUAUACAUUUUAUAGCAAAAAUGUUAAAUGUCUAUCAAAACCGAUAUAUAUACAAUAAUUAUUUACCUAAAAAGAAAUGUUUAAGCAAGGUUGUGAAAUGAAAUCUAGUCAGAUCAUAAACUAAUCUAAUCUAUUAAUUAAAGGUUUUUUUAUAUGGUUUCAUUUAUUUUAAAUAAAUUUAAUAAAGAAAAAUAUAUAGAAAGUUUCUAGAAAACUUAACGUUAAAAUAGUUAUAAAGAAAGCGCACAAGAAGGUUGGACAAAAUAAGUGUAAGAGUGGAUUGAUGGAAAUAUUGAUUGAUUCGUCCUGCAUAACGAAUAAAAGAUCUACUAAAUAUGAUGUCUUAAAGCAGUAUUAUUUCCAGAGUGAAACAAGGAUAGAGAUACAUAGGUCGUCUAGCGUCAUCACUUUCCAAAACUGGCAAUAAUACUGCUUUAAGACAUCAUGGUAAUCCCCUGGAAUCAAAAAUAUAUUUAUUCAAUGUACGUUUUAAAAAAACAGAGAUAUAUUAUAACCUAGUAUAUAAAUAAUAAACUAUGAAUUUGUCAAAUUAUGCUUGAUUGUACUGAAAAUUAUAAAUUGUUAAAAAAUGCUUAAAUUCUACGAUUGUUGAAACUCUGAUGUAUAGAAACAUAAAUUAUAAUUGGUGAAAAUCGUGUGUUUUAUUUAUUUUUUUUAUU